AUGUUGGCAACCACCUUCUACCUUCAACAACCUGCAUCUGGUAAUAUCAAUGAAAGAGUUACUCUAGAUGAUAUCGAAGGAAAUGAUAUCGACCUCGUUUUCGAAGCUUUUUCUAGUGAGAAGACCAAAACCAAAAGAAAUGAAGAUAUUUUGCCAAAUUUGAGAAAUUUCACAUCACUUCUCAUCAGACUUCAACAAGAGCGUCAAAGGAGCAAAAGGUCAUCAGGAGAAAAAUCCGAAUUUUCGACGUCGUUUACAGUCUUCAUAUUGGAGUUGAUCAUGGUUCUGAUGAGCAACCUCUGCACUCACAUGAUUAUAAUUUACAAGAACUCUGUUCCUCAUGUUAAGCUCAACAUUAUCAUCGUUAUCAGUCACUACAUCGUGGAACUUGGCAACCUUCUCUUAAUUGUCCAGGGUGGUUUCAUGAUCUACUCUUCUCUGAUCUCCCACAUGCCGAUGAUCCUGGCGUUCUUCUUAAGUUUCUUGGUGGACUAUGUUGCAUUCCUCUGUGUCGGGCUCUGUGUGGAGAUGGCAAUCCUGAAGGUGCUGGCUGUAGUUAAGUUUGGACGUUUUCUUGGCUUUGAUCCAGUGUCAACAUCAAGAUGGUUUCUGAUCUUCAACCUUAUUCUGUAUCUUCUCCCUGUCAUUAUUCUCCAAUACCAGCAGAUCACCUCAGGAUAUGUAUCCCCGAUGAGUAGCUAUCUAACUGGAGUAAAGGCUUCUCUAGCAAUUAAUAGCUCCUCUGUCGUGCAUGCUAUUCAUUCUGGAUCUGCAAUCAUCAUCAUGGUCGCAGCAAACCUAUACAUCAACAAGUACUUGGCCAAAAACCACAGCGUUGAACUCACCCGAGCAGAGAAGAACGUACCUUCAAAGAAAGUGUUUAAUCUUAAAGCCUUGAUCAUUUCAGUUGUGAUUGUAUUUGCAUCAGUCAUUGUAAUCAUCUUUUUCCAAAACAAGGAGCAAACAUUUCCCGUCGGGGCGGUCAUAACAAGUUUCUUUCUCACUGCAACAAACUUCUACUUUGCUCGGAAAAAGUACAUUUACGAUCAUUUUAUGUUCAAUCUUCAGAGGAAUAGGAUUAAUCUUCCUUGGGCUAUCUCAGCCAGGGUUACUCCUGCACCUUAUGAGAUUCCAACCUAA